AUGGAAGUAAAAAAAUUAUCAGCAGCUAAUGAGGUACAGCAAUUACUACAAAAAUACAGUUCAGUGUUAGAAGAAGGCAUAGGUGAAAUAAAAGACAUACAAGCAAGACUUACAAUAAACCAAAGCGUCAAACCUAUUUUUUGUAAAGCGCGACCUGUUCCUUUUGCACUUAAGACAAAAGUAGAGGAGGAAAUUGAAAAUUUGGUAAACCAAGGGGUACUUAAGAAAGUAAAUUCAUCCAAUUGGGCUACACCUGUUGUCCCAAUUGUUAAACCAAAUGGUAAAAUAAGAUUAUGUGGGGAUUUUAAAACCACAAUAAAUAAAUUUUUGUUAGUGGAUAAUCAUCCAUUACCAACUGACCAGAUUGAAUACUGUGGGUAUGUGAUAAACAAAAAAGGGAUUCAAAAGUCAAAGGCAAAAGUAAAUGCUAUUCAGAAUUUGAGACGUCCCACUAAUCAGUCUGAAGUCAGAGCUUGUUUAGGACUAAUUAAUUACUAUGCUAGAUUUUUUAGAAAUUUGAGUGAUUUACUUUACCCUUUGAAUAAAUUACUUUGUCAUAAUACAAAAUUUGAGUGGGAUAAAAGGUGUGAGUACUCUUUAAAUGAAAUUAAAAUACAAAUACAAAGUGAGGAUAUAUUAACUCACUAUGAUACAAAAUUACCAAUUAUUGUAGGAACAGAUGCUAGUCCAUAUGCAGUAGGGGCUGUAAUUUCCCACAUUUUUCCUGAUGGGACUGAAAGACCAAUACAGUUUAUUUCACAAACACUUACAGCGACUCAACAAAAAUAUGCACAAAUUGAUAAGGAGGCUUAUGCUAUAGUUUUUGCUGUGAAGAAGUUUUAUCAAUAUCUAUAUGGGCGUAGAUUUACAUUAUAUACGGACCAUCAACCGUUAGUUAAGAUUUUUGCACUUGACAAAUCAAUACCACUUCUAAGUGCUAGUAGAAUGCAACACUAUGCCUUAUUUUUACAAGCUUUCACCUAUGACAUACAUUACAAAAAUACAAAAUGUCAUGGGAAUGCAGAUGCACUGUCUAGGCUUCCUAUUAAAUCUGAGGAUAUACAUUUAUUUGAGGCCUGUGAUAUUUUUGAGCUACAACAAAUAGAGACUUUACCCAUUACUAUAAAUUACAUUGCACACCAAACCAUUUCAGACAAAACCUUACAACCAUUAUUAAAAGCACUACGAUCUGGGAAAUUACUAAGGAAACAGUAUAGUUUUGGUAUUGAUCAAACCGAGUUCUCAUUACAGAGCAACUGCAUUAUGAGGGGGAUUAGGGUAGUAAUACCAAAAAUAUUUAGAAAAACUAUACUUGAAGAGUUACACACAGCACAUUUUGAAGUUAAUAAAAUGAAGUCAUUAGCUAGGAGUUAUUGUUGGUGGCCAGGUAUUGACCUUGAUAUUGUUGAAGUAGCCAAAAGUUGUUUGGAAUGCAACAAAAUAAUGAAUAACCCAUCUAAAGUACCAGUACACCAGUGGGAGGAACCAGCAGAACCAUUUGAAAGAAUCCAUAUAGACUAUGCUGGACCAGUCAAUAAUAUGUAUUAUUUAGUAAUAGUUGAUGCAUUUACAAAAUGGCCUGAAGUAUUUCCCAUGAAACAGAUAACCACUAACAAAACAAUUACUAUUCUACGUUCACUAUUUGCACGUUUUGGAAUUUGUUCUACAUUAGUGUCGGAUAAUGGAACACAAUUUACUGCACACGAUUUUUCACUUUUCUUAAAGCAAAAUGGCAUUAAGCAUAAACGCACUGCACCGUAUCAUCCAGCUACUAACGGUUUAGCUGAAAGAUAUGUACAAACCUUAAAACAAUCAUUGAAGGCAAUGCAAAGUGAACGUAACAGUAUAGACUUAGAACUAGCAAAACUUUUAUUGCAAUAUAGGAAGAUGCCACAUAGUAUUUUAAAUGCAUCUCCAUCUUUUCUAAUGUUUAGGAGAGAGAUCCGAUCUAAAUUAGAUUUAAUAAAAACCAAAAGAAAUUGUACACCUGUAACAACUGAACAUGCUCCUGUAACCGAGGAUGUGACAGAUGAAUACCAUCGCAUUUGGAGAAAAAAGGAAAGUAAAACUGAUGUUCCAAGCUAUAAUAAUUCUGAAGGUCCAGUUGAAGAUUUAUUUCUUGAUACAAGUCCUACUGGUGUUUUUUUGACUUUAUUUGAAGGUAUACUUGAUCAUAUUGUAUAUCAAACUAAUUUAUAUGGCACACAAAAAAAUUUAAAUUUAAAUAUCAAGCCAUAUGAAGUUUUGAAUUUUUUGGGAAUUAACUUUUUAAUGGGCUAUCAUAGGCUACCAAGUUGGAAACAUUAUUGGAGUUGUGCACCAGAUUUAUCAGUUCCUUUUGUGGCUGCCACAAUGACAAGAAAUCGUUUUGAUUUGAUUUUGAAAAACUUACAUUUAAAUGAUAAUACACUGACGCGGUCCCGCGUAAUAGCUAUUUGA